AUGUUUGUAGAAUUUAAAUUAUUUGCUGUUUUAAUGGGCAAACCCUUGCAUUUUAGAUUGGAAGAAUCAGGCAUUUCGUUGGCGCCACCAUCAAAACUAAUUUUUUGGUUCUUGAAAAAUAAUUCCGUUGCCAAAAGUACAGAGAAGGAGAAGGGAACAAAGAGCCACUUCAAACCCACGAUACUUCGUUCCUUCUACCCACAGGAUGAUAACUCAAUACUCAAAAAUUCGGAAAAAGCUGAUACGUCCAUUCCGCGACUACUACUGAGAACAGACUACAACCGGCAUGAUUCCUCUACCGCCUAUUCCCUACCCAAUUUCUACGUCCUCACCUUGGCCCACAUUCGUCUAAUAUUCUUCAUUCUUGACUGUUUCCUUAUUGUCUUUCGUUUCUACAACACCUAUGUUGUUCUAAAAGAAAUUCUCAUUGGCAAAAGUGUGAUUAUCGACGCCUCCAGCUAUCUCACCACCGUGACAUUGUCAUCAAAGAACGCUAUUGGUUCUGACGGGGCUGGAAAGUUAGCUACAAACCGGGACGGCGAGAAUUAUAUUGACGGAGGAAUGUACAAAGAAAUUGGUGAUUCCUGUCCCUUUUCAAACGAAGCCUACCUUCGUGCAGUGCAAGAAGACGCUUUCUACUACUGCAGACACCAGUGUAGCCCAAAAAUGCAGGUAAGGGGAAAUAUCUGCUAA